CUAUAUAUCCUCAUUUCUCUCAUAACAUACAUACAUACUCUAAUAACUGCACUGCAAUCUGCAUAUAUGGCUUCUCACCAAAAAAAUAUUUGCAGCACAGACCUUACCUUGGGUAUGGGUUUUGCAUCUUCUUCUUCUUCUUAUUCAUCCUAUAAUCACCUCCCUUAUAUCUCCAAACCUAAGACGACGUCGUCGUCGUCUGUGAUCUUUGAGCCGCCGUCGCUGAAUCUCAGUCUGUCCUGCGAAACCUCGGAUCACGUGAUGAACAAGGUGGUCUUCAACGACCAGCUGUCCGCCGCCGGUCAGGACAGCUCUACUUCCUCGUACCAGUCGAACGCCACCCCCGCUAAAAGGGAGAGGGAGAUCGGUAUUAACUCGGCGGCGGCGGGGGAGGAGGAGAGAGCUGCUUCGAGGAUGCUCAUCGUCAGUGAUGAAGAGUACGAUGAUGGUUGUAAUGUAAGGAAGAAGCACAGGCUCUCCAAAUCCCAAUCUGCCCUUCUAGAAGAAAGUUUCCGGCAACACACCACUCUCAAUCCGGUACAAAAGCAACAGUUAGCCAGGGCACUCAAUCUUAGGCCCCGACAAGUUGAAGUCUGGUUCCAAAACAGAAGAGCCAGAACGAAGCUUAAGCAAAUAGAAGCAGACUACGAACUGCUGAAGAAAUGUUGCCAGACAUUAACCGAUGAGAACAGGAGGCUAAAGAAGGAGGUACAAGAGCUGAAAGCACUGAAGCUAAUGAAGCCCAGCUUGUACAUGCAGGCGGCGGCGCUAAGCAAGUGUCCGUCGUGUAGCGGCGGCGGCCCUGGUGGCGCCUGCAAAACCACAACCAACACCUCUUUUACUAUGGCUCCCAUCCCUCAUUUCUACAAUCCAGUAACCAGCCCCUCUGCUGCUUAGCUUCAAUCUUCAUUUUUAAUUACUGUAUGUAUAAUAUUACUCCCAAACUUUUUUUUUUUUUUUUUUUUUUUUUUUUGUGAGGUCUAGCUUGUUUGUAAAUAUACGUGAACAGAAUUUAUUACUGCUGUUACUCUC